GCAGAUUCAUUUCUUUGUUGUUCUUCUUGGACAGUGGUGGAUGGUGACGACACAAUAUGAAACUGACAUGCUAAUAGAAGAAUCUGGUGUUCUCAAGUGGUCUCUGCAAUUUGUAAAUGAGGAACCUAUGUGAUGUUAGUGCUUGUUACACAAAAGCUAGUUGGGAUAAACUCAUGCGCUCUGGUGAUAUCUUAUAUUUUACGAAAAUAGACGUAAAGGUGAGGCCUAGCGGUGUGUGAACACUAUGCAAGAUUAGGGUUCAAAUUACACAAAUCAUUUGGUGAUCUCCUUCCAUCACAUUUGUUCAAGUCGAAAGACACAGUUAUUUGACAUGCAAUGAAAUUUGAUCAGAUUUUAUGCAGUUCCCAAAAAUUGGUCCGCCAACGGUUACAUCAAUCAAAUAUAAUGACAAUCUUUUGGGACUAUAGCAAUAUCCUGUAAGAAAUCAACGCCAAAUAUAUUAUUGAUGACUCCAUUUCAUAGUCUUUUGCUCCGAUUUGGUAGAAACAGAGUGAACUCAUUUCAUCUCAAUCAUAGUUUAGCCACUGCUACUAAUAUUCUCGACAGCAAUGACAAGAUAAUAGCCACCCGAAUAUCAAACUGCAACAAUCUACAGCACCUUGACCAAAUUUACGCCCAGAUAAUCCGAAAUCACUUCCUGGAGUUGUACCCUGUACAAUUUCACUGGAACAACAUUAUUAGAUCAUAUAUUAGGCUUGACUCUCCUAGAAAGGCUCUACAUGUGUACAUCACUAUGUCGAGAACUGGUGUUCGCCCAGAUACUUUCACGUUACCCAUCGUUUUAAAAGCUAUUUGUCAGGUUCUGAAUUAUGUUGUGGCACGGCAGCUCCAUGGGGUUGCAAGAAAGCUCGGUUUAGAAACUAAUAUGUAUUGUGAGAGUGGGUUUAUUAGUUUGUAUGCUAAAGCUGGGGAAUUUGAGAAUGCACGUAAGGUGUUUGAACAAAAUAGUGAAAGAAAGUUGGGGUCUUGGAAUGCUAUUAUAGCAGGGUUGUCACAAGGUGGGCGUGCUAAAGAAGCGAUAGAAAUGUUCUUGGAGUUGAGAGAGAGUGGGUUGCAGCCAGAUGAUGUGACUAUGGUUAGUGUGACGUCCGCCUGUGGUAGUCUUGGAGACUUGGAUUUGGCUUCUCAAUUGCAUAAAUGCGUCUUUCAAGCCAAAGAAAUGGAAAGGUCUGAUCUUUUGAUGAUGAAUUCUCUUAUUGAUAUGUACGGUAAAUGUGGGAAGAUGGAUCUUUCUUAUAGGGUGUUUUCAAGGAUGAAAGAAAGAAAUGUAUCCUCGUGGACUUCUAUGAUUGUUGGCUACGCGAUGCAUGGGUAUGUUAGAGAUGCGGUUGAAUGCUUCUGUUGCAUGAGAGAGGCAGGUGUUAGGCCUAACCAUGUGACGUUUAUUGGGGUGUUGAGCGCUUGUGUACAUGGUGGGAUGGUGCAAGAAGGAAAAUAUUAUUUCAACAUGAUGAAGAAUGAAUAUGGUAUUGCACCCAUGUUGCAGCAUUACGGGUGCAUGGUGGAUUUGCUUGGCAGGGUUGGGUUGCUCGAGGAGGCAAGGGAGACGAUUGAAGGGAUGUCAAUGAAACCAAAUGUUGUGAUCUGGGGGUGCCUAAUGGGGGCUUGUGAGAAGCUUGGGCAUGUGAAAAUGGGAGAAUGGGUGGCUAAGCAUCUGCAACAGUUGGAACCAUGGAACGAUGGAGUGUAUGUGGUAUUGUCCAACAUUUAUGCCAGUAACGGCAUGUGGGAAGAGGUAAGGAGGAUGAGAGCAAUUAUGAAGGAGAGAAAACUUGCCAAGAUUCCUGCUUAUAGUUUGUCAACAAGUUCAUAUUGAGUGCUGAAGGUGGACCUGGAAAGGAUAAAGGAUCAGAAACAUUGCUCUCUAUUAUAGAAGUGAGUGCACAAGAUGGUUGCCAUACGCUGCACCUCACAAAAGUGGUUCAUAUAGGAGCAAUGUAUCACAUAUUAUAACGUACUCGUUGACCCUUAAUUUUGAUCCACUUAAUUUAUUUUUUUAGGUGAGAAUGUGAAUUCGUUUCCGGUCAUCUCUCCAAGAGAUGUGCUUGUGACCUAUUGCUCUAUGCAUACACAUUUAUCCAAGAAAAUAAAAGACGCAUGAGAAAGCAGGCAGCACUAACUCCUUCAGUAUUUGGUAAACCUUCCAGAGUGGAGCAUGGAGGGGGACAAUUAUAAUCUUUACUGUUUUCUGUGGCCCUACCCAUUUUGUAAUCAAGGCUUUUCUAGAUUCAGGAGCUAAAGCUGUUUAUGUCCUUCCACUGAGCCCGAUGAAGCUCAGUUGUCUACAUAUUACGGGUCAGGUGAUUUUAGUUCUUUCAAUAACGGGAAGUUUGAAAUUGGCAAAGAAGAAGCAGAGGAUGACGACACUGAACCUUCUAGGCUAGCAAGUGCUUGGGAAUAUAGUGAAGCAGAGAAAAGUGAAGGACGUUCUCAGUUCUUUUGGGAUGAUGAUCAGGGGGAGUUAUCCCAGUUAGUGUGUCAAUUCUGUGAGUCUCUUUUUCAGGGUGGUGUUUAAGAAUAGAUGAUGCUAUACAACAUGCUCGUGCCUCACACCAGAAAUGCCAUCUUCCCAGCAUUCCGUAGUUAGUCGGUUGUCUCUGACUUUGAUAGUUGCAAGGGAAGCGCGAGUUAGUUAAUGCUUAUGCUGACUGCAUGUUGUUGCUUAUCAAAGAAUUUGCAUGGUUUCAGGCUUCCAUACUUUGUAAAGAAGAACUGUACUUGUAUAAGCAAUGGAAAAGGAUUGUAGAAGGAAGAAAACAUGGAGAGAGAGAGAGUAGUAGAAAUGAGUAAUAAUUUUGAGGCUUUUAACUAAUUGUUUAUGUUCUGUCUUCGAUUGAUGUUUGGUAAUUUUUCCUUAAAGGUUACUUCUCUUGUGAAAAAACAGGUACAUUUCUUUGUUGUUCUACUUGGACAGUGCUAGAUGUUAAUUCAGUUUGAAACAUGUUAUCAG